AUGGCUACCAUUGGACCAGAAGCCAUCCAAAUAUUCAACAACUUCAAUCUAACUGAAGCCCAACAGAAAGAUAUAGCAGUGAUUGAAAACAAGUUCAAAGAAUACUUCAUUCCAAAAAUAAAUGUCUCAUUCGAAAGAUAUAAUUUCUUCAAAAUCGUCCAGAAAGAAGAUGAGCCCUUUGAAAAAUUCCUAAAUACGUUCAAAUUACAGGCAAAAUCAUGUGAAUUAGAAAAACUGCAUGAUAGCUCGUCGAAAGACAAAAUAGUUGGUGGAGUAAGAUCUGAUGCUGUAAGAGAAAAACUUCUCACUGAAGAAAAUCUGGAUCAAAACAAAGCAAUCUUCACAUGCCGAGCUAGUGAACAAGCAACAAAACAACUGAAGAAAUACAAUUUUUAG